CUACUAACCCUUCUCAGAGGAAUAAAUCCUCCGGUCUCGCCGCCGUUGUCGUCACCGUCGCCGCCUCCGCUGCCCGUCCACCAUGGGUAGAUUGAAUCGCCGAUCUCCGGACGCUUUAAUCUUUCUUAUCUUCUUAGUCUUCUUGGCCUCGUUGACCUCCGCCUGGAAGAAGGACGAGUUCCGCUCCUGCCGCCAGACCCCCUUCUGCAAGCGCGCCCGCGGCCGUGCCCCCAAUUCGCUCCCCUCCUUCUCCGUGGCCGACGUCUCCCUCUCAGAUGGCGCAGUCUCCGCCCGCCUCGUCCCCGCCCCCACCCUCCGCCAGGUCACCGACGACGACCCGUCCGCCGCCGACGGCGACGACGCCAGCUCGCGGUCUCUCCUCCUCCGCCUCUCCGUAUACCGCGGCGGCAUCCUCCGCCUCGAGAUCGACGAGGACCCUUCCUCCGCCCCCACCACAAAGCGCCGGUUCCGCCUCCCCGACGUCCUCCUCCCCAACCUCGACGACCUCCGGCUCUGGCUCUCUCGUCUUUCCCCAGAUGGCGCGUCCGCCACCUCCUUCUACCUCGCAGACGGCUUCGAGGGCGUCCUCCGCCACGAUCCCUUCCAGAUCGUCGUCCGUCGCGCUGGAUCUGGGGGCGAGCCCGUCCUCUCGCUCAACUCUCACGGGCUGUUCGAUUUCGAGCAGUUGAGGGCCAAGAAAGAUGACGAGAAUUGGGAGGAGAACUUUCGCAGCCACACCGACUCGCGGCCUCACGGUCCUCAGUCGAUAAGCUUCGACGUUUCCUUUCACGGCGCCGAUUUCGUUUACGGGAUCCCGGAGCAUGCCUCGACGUCGCUAUCCCUCCGUCCGACUAGAGGUCCCGGAGUCGAUGAAUCCGAACCCUACCGUCUCUUCAACCUCGAUGUCUUCGAGUACCUCCAUGAUUCCCCCUUUGGGAUCUACGGAUCCAUCCCCUUUAUGCUCUCGCACGGCACCCGCUCGACGUCAGGAUUCUUCUGGCUCAACGCUGCUGAGAUGCAAAUUGAUGUUCUCGCCCCCGGGUGGGAUGAUCCGGCCGCGCCAAACGCAGGGAGGGUCGACACAUUUUGGAUGAGCGAGGCUGGAGUCGUGGAUGCAUUCUUCUUUGUCGGUCCAGGUCCGAAGGAUGUGCUGCGGCAGUACGCUUCGGUCACCGGGACUCAGGCGAUGCCGCAGGAGUUUGCAGUGGCAUAUCACCAAUGCAGGUGGAAUUACAGGGACGAGGAGGAUGUUGCAGCUGUGGAUGCUGGGUUUGAUGAGCAUGAUAUACCUUAUGAUGUCUUGUGGCUCGAUAUCGAUCAUGCUGAUGGGAAGCGAUACUUCACUUGGGACCGAGUGUUGUUCCCACACCCAGAGGAGAUGCAGAACAAGUUGGCUGCCAAGGGGAGGCACAUGGUAACGAUUGUUGACCCUCAUAUCAAGCGGGAUGAUUCAUUUUACUUGCACAAAGAAGCGACCGAGAAGGGUUACUAUGUGAAAGAUGCAUCAGGGAAGGAUUUUGAUGGGUGGUGCUGGCCAGGGUCCUCGUCUUAUCCUGAUAUGUUGAAUCCAGAGAUACGAGAGUGGUGGGCUGAGAAAUUCUCUUUGAAGGAAUAUGUAGGUUCAACACCAUCAUUGUACAUAUGGAAUGACAUGAACGAGCCUUCGGUCUUCAAUGGUCCUGAGGUAACCAUGCCCAGGGAUGCUAUACACAUGGGAGGCGUAGAGCACAGGGAAUUACACAAUGCAUAUGGUUACUAUUUUCAUAUGGCUACAUCUAAUGGUCUCUUAAAGAGAGGUAAUGGAAAAGACAGGCCGUUUGUUUUAUCGAGAGCUAUUUUUGCUGGAAGCCAAAGGUAUGGUGCAAUCUGGACUGGAGACAAUUCUGCAGAUUGGGACCAUCUCAGAGUUUCGGUUCCAAUGAUUCUAAACCUUGGUCUUGCUGGCAUGUCAUUUUCUGGUGCUGAUGUUGGAGGGUUUUUUGGCAACCCAGAAAAUGACUUGUUAGUCCGAUGGUACCAGCUUGGUGCUUAUUAUCCAUUCUUUAGAGCUCAUGCUCACCAUGACACCAAGAGACGAGAGCCUUGGCUAUUUGGAGAGCAGAACACUGCUUUGAUGAGAGAGGCAAUACACACUCGAUACUCAUUGUUGCCAUACUAUUACACACUAUUCAGAGAGGCUGCUGUAACUGGCAUCCCUGUUAUGCGCCCUUUGUGGUUGGAAUUUCCUUCUGACAAAGAAACAUAUGAUAAUGGUGAAGCUUUUCUGGUUGGCUCAAGUUUGUUAGUCCAUGGGAUUUAUGAAAAGGAUCAAAAGUCAGCAUCAGUUUAUUUGCCUUCUGGAGCAUCGUGGUUUAACUUGAGAAAUGGAGUCAAGUUUGAUGGAGGUGUCUCCCACAAACUGGCUGUUUCAGAGGACAGCAUACCCAGUUUCCAGAGAGCAGGUACUAUUAUACCGAGAAAGGACAGAUUUAGGCGCAGUUCCACCCAGAUGGUGAACGACCCUUACACUCUGGUAAUAGCCCUUAAUGGUUCACUCGCUGCUGAAGGGGAGCUCUACAUCGAUGAUGGCAAAAGCUAUGACUUUGAGCAGGGGGCAUACAUCCAUCGGCGUUUUAUAUUCGCUGAUCGCAAGCUAACGUCGAUAGACAUUCGCCCCUCCAACGUAGGUGACAAGAAAUUUUCCACAGAUUGCACUGUGGAGAGAAUUAUACUUCUCGGACUGCCAUCCGGUGCCAAAAAAGCUGUGGUCGAACCAGGGAAUCAUGAAACGAACAUCGAACUUGGUCCACUCACCCUCCGGAGGGCGUCGCCGCCAGUUGCACUCACUAUCAGGAAACCCAAUGUUCGCGUCGCGGACGACUGGUCUCUGAGAAUAUUAUAAUGGUGUUGCAGCUAGCGAAUUUUGCUGGAUGAUGAGUUGACAUUAGUAGAUUUACCUCGCUCUCAAGAGGAGAACACAGGUCAUAUUAUUUAUGAGCAUGUUUUAUGGCCCAACAAAUCAUUUUCAUGGAUGCAUACCAAGUUGCAGGAGAGUUGACUUUGGCCUCUAUAUGCCUCUCUGAUACAAGUCACAUUGUUUAUGCUCGAGUAUUCGACUUAUCUGAUGUAGUUAAUAUCAGUAUUGUUCAG